CGGACUGCCACCUCCUCGUUUUUAAUUAAGGACAUUUUGGGCGACGGCAAACCGCUGGCGGCGUGCGCGCCUUACAGCACCAGCGUCCCCUCGCCCCAUCACACCCCUAAGCAGGAGGGCAGCGCGGCCCCGGAGAGCUUCCGGCCGAAGCUGGAGCAGGAGGACAAGGCCAAGCUCGACAAACGCGAGGACGCGCAGGGCGACAUCAAAUGCCACGGCACAAAGGAGGAGGGCGACCGUGAGAUUUCGAGCAGCCGGGACAGCCCGCCGGUGCGGGCCAAGAAGCCGCGCAAAGCGCGCACCGCCUUCUCAGACCACCAGCUGAACCAGCUGGAGCGCAGCUUCGAGCGCCAGAAGUACCUGAGCGUGCAGGACCGCAUGGACCUGGCUGCCGCGCUCAACCUCACCGACACGCAGGUGAAGACGUGGUACCAGAACCGCAGACUUCAGGUAAUCCGAAAUGGCACUGACCCUUCUCAUCCUUCCGAUUACCUUUCUGAAGCAUGA